ACGCGCAAAACUCAUCAGAGGCUCCAGAAACCCAACCGCACUCAAACAGCUGCAGACAGAGAGAGACAGAGAGCAACCAUGGACAAGGCUUCCAGCAAGAUGAAUGGAGACAAUGGAGUCCAGCAGGAAUCCAUGUACCUGGAGGAGAAGACCUAUAAAUCUGGCGUUCUGUCCUGCAUCUUCUCCCUGAAGGAGGAGGUGGGAGCUCUGGCCAAGGCCUUGAGGCUUUUUGAGGAAAAAGGCAUCAACCUGACACACAUUGAGUCGCGCCCGUCGCGCACGAACAAGCAGGAGUACGAGUUCUUCAUCAGCUUGGACACGGCCUGCUCCAAGGCCCUGGACGACGUCAUCAACAGCCUGCGCACCCAAAUCACCGGCCAAGUGCACGAGCUGUCGCGCAACAAGAAGAAAGACACAGUCCCAUGGUUCCCCACAACCAUCCAGGACCUGGACCGAUUCGCCAAUCAGAUUUUGAGCUAUGGCUCCGAGCUGGAUGCUGAUCACCCGGGCUUCACGGACCCGGUCUACAGGGCCAGGAGGAAGGAAUUUGCUGACAUCGCCUACAAUUACAGACACGGUCAGCCCAUCCCGCGUGUGGAGUACACGGAGGCGGAGAAGGCCACGUGGGGGACGGUGUUCAAGGAGCUGAAGAAGCUGUACCCGACUCACGCCUGCCACGAGCACAACCGCGUCUUCCCGCUGCUGGAGGAGUACUGCGGCUACCGCGAGGACAACAUCCCCCAGCUGGAGGACGUCUCGCGCUACCUGCAGUCAUGCACCGGUUUCCGUUUGCGGCCCGUGGCAGGGCUGCUGUCUUCUCGUGACUUCCUGGCUGGUCUGGCUUUCCGUGUGUUCCAUUCCACCCAGUACAUCCGGCACGGCUCCAACCCCAUGUACACUCCGGAGCCAGACAUCUGCCAUGAGCUGUUGGGACACGUUCCUCUGUUUGCCGACCCCAGUUUUGCUCAGUUCUCGCAGGAAAUUGGCCUCGCUUCCUUGGCUGCCCCAGAUGAGUACAUUGAGAAGCUUGCAACAGUCUACUGGUUCACUGUGGAGUUCGGGCUUUGCAAGCAAGGCAAUGAAAUCAAGGCCUAUGGAGCAGGACUGCUCUCAUCGUUUGGGGAGCUGCAAUACAGUUUAACUGAGAAGCCAAAGGUUCUGCCCUUCGAGCCAGAGAAGACCUGCCUGCAGAAAUACCCCAUCACUGAGUUCCAGCCGAUCUACUUCGUGGCUGAAAGCUUCGAGGACGGCAAAGAGAAAGUCAGGAAGUACGCGGCCACCAUUCCGAGACCGUUCUCUGUGCGCUACAAUCCCUACACUCAGAGCAUCGAGGUUCUGGACAACAUGCAGCAACUGAGGAACCUGGCUGACAGCAUCAGCAGUGAGGUGGGAACUCUGUGCAACGCUCUGCGGAAGAUGGAGUAGGACGAGCCAACAGCGACGAGAUGUUCCCCACUCAUCACAGAGAGCCUAAUGUUUGUGCAGCGACAAUAAACGUGUGUUUUGUUGAAUUAAAAGCAUCGUACACUCACAGAGAGAGAGAGAGAGAGUGAGGGAGAGAGAGAGGUGGAGAGGGAGGGGAGAGAAAGGGGGAGAGAGGUGGAGAGAGAGGGGAGGGAGCGGGGGAGAAAGAGGGGGGAGAGGGGGAGAUUUAAUACACAAUUAGUCAUUAUGUAUUCUUGUAGAAAAUAUAGCUCCACCCUCGCUCACAUGACGUUUUGUUGAUUUUCUAUGUGAAAGUAAGUGAACACAUCCUCUAUAACUGAAAUAUAACCUGCACACAAUCUAAAGGUUCUAUAACAGUUCCUAGAACCGUGCAUCCAAGCCAAGAACCACUUGGGAACCUUUUAUUUUUAAGGGUCUGCACUUAAAAUGCCAACAUUGCUAAUGGGAAUGAGUUUCUAUUUAACGUUUUCUAAAGAGAUCAUGCCCUGCGAUGGACUGGCGACCUGUCCAGGGUGUAUCCUGCCUUCCGCCCAAUGACAGCUGGGAUAGGCUCCAGCACCCCCCCGCGACCCAGAAGGAUAAGCGGUUUAGAGGAUGGAUGGAUGGAUAAAGAGAUCAUAUGAAAUAGGAAAACACAUUUUUCUUGUGUUUUUCUUUUUAUUUACUGAGUUUAACAUACUAGAAAACAAAAUAUAUAAUGUGCCAUAACAUUUGCACGUUUUAUUUUUUUCAGUAUGUUAAAUUCAGUGAAUAAGCAGUAAUUGUGCAUUAACCAUCUGUUGCGUGAUGUUGCUUCAGAGCAACAAAUUAAUUUUCCUCACUUUUCAAUAACAUCAUACAUAUUUAAAGACAGUAAUAGGAUUAACAAUAAAGAGAAGAAGUGUGAGUAAGUCAGGAAAAAGCAUGUGUUUGGUCAUAUUAUCACCUAUUGGGCACAUUUAAACCUCUUUUUUUAACAUUCAGUAUCAAUAUUUUUGUUAUGAGAUUUUGCAGAAAUAUGUUUGUUGCCUAGAAGCAACAUUGUGCGACAGUAGAAUGGAUUUAGCCAGGCACAAGGCAGGUCUCACCACUUUAGGGAAUAGGGAUCUAUAUCAUUUACCAUUGUCACACAAUGUUGCCUCAAGGCAGCAUACUCCAAAAGGACCCCGGCACACGUUUUUUUUUUUUAAACGUUUUUGAAUUUAAUAAUCAGGUCUGAAAAAAUAAAUCAAGGAGCAUUUUAUGCUAGAAAAGUCUCAUAACCUGUGCAUAAUGUGGAGAAGUGUGCUCUCAGUAGAGGACGUGUGCUCAUUUUCACAGUUCAGCAUAUCAUGUAAUUUGACCGGGGGUGCCCAAACUUUUGCAUAACCACGGCAUGUAAUCUGUGCUUUGUAGGUUCCGGUUUCUGUAGUGCUGAGAAUAAUAAGCAGUGCAUUUGCAUUUCCAAGUAAAUGUACCUUUUUUAUGACUGAUCUACUAAAGUAGUUUCAACACAAAUGGCAGUUCAGACAUUUUUCACAUUAUUAUUCUCUAUAUUUCACAUCAGAUCUGUGCCUUUAAACACUGAAUAGCCGCAUUGAUCUUUGAAAAAUGAAUUUUUUUGCUUUAUAUGUUUCCUUUUUCAGCUGUAAUACAUUUAAACUGCACUCAGUCAUUAAUACUGACGUGGAGGUCUGUUCUUCUUAAAAGCUUUAACAUUUUUACUGUAGUUUGCUGAUUAUUUGUAGAAAGCAUAUUUAACUUAGAGCAGUCUUUUGUAAAUAUACGCCUGCAAAACAUAAUCAAUCGUCCAUCAUUUAGUUUUGACAAAAUAAAUAAGUGUAUAAUUCUCAGUAUAUCUGCUUCUUCCUCCUGUCUCCUGUGUAACAGUGAUUAUCAGCCUCAGAGUGGCUGGAGUGAGCUGAUCCUGUGCAGCCUGCAUGAUUAAUCUCACAUUUCCUUUUUAUUCAUUUAUUUGGUGCUUUUUUGUGUGACAUCCUGAGUUUUAGUGCAUUAAAUCUGUCAGUUGCAUUGAUGUGAAUGCAGUGCAUUGAACGGCUCUGGAAAAGAUCAGAUAUGUAUUUCCUUUGGAUGAUCUGCUGGAGAAAUGACUGAAUAUUAUAUUAUGCAUGCAGUUUAAAUAAAGCUUGACUCUGUAUGAA